UGUCAGUUUCAACGUUAUACGUAAAGAUUGCGAGCGAGAUAGUGGUGUUGGCCUAGCCUUCAUAUUGCACAACACCGUGCAGUAUCGUCUAAUCGAUGAAGACAUCGACUCCAGGGAUAUAGCUAUCCCGUCAGGCGAUGUCGAGCUCGAAAUAUUUAAUAUAUACAUCCCCCCAGUUACAUGUUGCCCUACAGGAUAUCACCCGAAUUCAGGUGCGCUACUUCGUGGUGAAAACCGUUUGGUACUAGGCACCUUUAACGCGCAACACGAUCUGUGGCAUUCCUGCCGUGAAAUGAUCGUAGGGGGAUGGAGCUGGCGGAACAGAUUGACGAUUCGACAUUCUGCACAAUGAAUGACGAAGCCCCCACCAGAGUCAUGGGCACCUGUAAUAGCUCGCUUGAUAUUACCAUUGCCAGUGGUGGUCAGAUAAAUAGCAUAACUAUGCUAACUCUCGGAUCAGACCAUCAGCCGAUAAUUAUCUCGAUCGUGAAGCCUACUGAUUUCGUUUCUGUGGACAACCGUACCAAAGCUAAUUGGGUCGGCUUCACGGAAUUUACUGAGAGCACCUUCAACGCUCUACCCAUUCCUACGGACGUAUGCGUUGACGAACGUCAAUUGCGCAAGGUGAUCGCAGCAGCUAUCACUCGUUUCAUCCCGGCUAGAAGAGUAGCGGAAAUCCGCCCCAUUUUCCCAGCCGAACUAGCUGUUUUAGCUAACGAGCGCGACACCUUACGCCAUGCCGACCCCGGUGAUCCCCGAAUAAGGGAUCUCAAUUUGGAGAUUCGGCGUAUGGUAAAUCAAGUCACCAGCAUGGAUUCCGAAAAGUGCACAUCACCACUACAACACUUAGCGUCAUAAACGCCCAGAUAAUCCGUGGGCUCAACCAGAAACCACCCUGUGAGAGAACGAUCCUCGUAGCGUUGGACUUGUCAAAAGCCUUUGAGACAGUCAACGACACAACGCUAUUGCAGGACAUAGAAAAAACUACGCUUCCUCCAGGGUUAAAGAGGUAGACCAUGAACUAUCUGAGCGGUCGUCAGUCAUCCGCACUAUUUCGAGGUGAAACAUCCAAACUGAAAAGAAUUUAACAGGGGAUUCCGCAGGGUGUAUAUCUCGAAACUCCCGCAACCACCAGAGGGGGUUUCCAUAACCUCGUACGCAGAUGACUGCACAAUAUUGACAUCGGGCAAUGGAAUCGAUGGCAUGUGUUCGAAGGUAAACAACUACCUCUCCAACCUUUCUCGUUUCCUCAAUGCACGAAACCUCACACUUUCCCCACCAAAUCCCCAGCUACUAUAUUUACAAACUGGACGAAGGAGUAUAGACUUGAACUUAAUAUUGCAAUCGAUGGCGUCAAAAUUCUGACUGUCAAUAACCCUAAGAUGUUAGGCGUAACCCUCGAUAGUCUAUGCUCCUUCUCUCCCCAUGCGACCGCGAUUAUCGCCAAGGUACAGAGCCGCAACAAAAUCCUCAAGUCGCUAGCCGGCAGCACAUGGGGAAAAGACAAAGAAACGUUGUUGGCAACUUACAAGACAAUCGGUCGACAGGUCCUCAACUACGCAGCACCAAUAUGAUCGCCUGGAUGCUGUGGUACGCAGAUGAGGAAACUUCAGGCCUGCCAGAAUACUGCACUCCGGACCACGACGGGAUGCCUGUCUCCCAUUGAACACCUCCACAUGAGACGCAGAUGAGGAAACUUCAGACCUGCCAGAAUACUGCACUCCGGACCACGACGGGAUGCCUGUCUCCCAUUGAACACCUCCACAUGAGACGCUCAUGCUCCCUGUAAAGAAGCAUAAUGAACUCCUCUCCAGGCAGUUCCUGCUAGGAUGUUUCCGUAAGAAUCGCCCUUGUAGCCAUCUGCUUGGAGCUGAACCGCCUCCUAGGAGAAUCAAAAGGUCUUUCCUCAACUACGUGGUACAGUACGCCGACCGGACUUCGGACGCAACUGACUUUCGACAGGUACUGACCGCCGUUCACAGUGGAGCCAUCAACACCUUCACCGACUCCCUUCCCAUGAAUGGCGUUCUUGGAGCAAACCACCACCUAUCGCAGACGAAGAGCUACAGUUGCCGCGAGAAACGCGAGUGACCCUAGCGCAACUUCGUUCUGGAUAUUGUAGCAGGUUAAACUCCUACUUAUCCAGAAUUGACCCAGACAUACCCAACGUAUGUCCUGCAUGCACCGAGUCCCCUCAUGAUACUGGCCACCUCUUUGCAUGUCCUACAAACCCCACUCAUCUAACACCCCCCUCCCUUUGGUCCGACCCUGUCGAAAUAGCACGUUUCUUUGGCCUCCCGUUAGAUGACUCCUGCUCUCUGCACUCGUCAACAACUCGGUAUAAGAGAACUGUGGGACGGCAUUUCGUAAUGCUUUGGACACUAGUAAUGCUCGAAAAUUCUACGAAAAAAUGGGCGACUUACAGAAAGUUUCAAGACCGGAGCAUACUCUUGUAGAACCCCCAAAGGUGAUCUAGUCAAAGAUGCCCAGAGCAUCCUUUAAUUAUGGAGGAAACACUUCUCCAGCCUGCUGAAUGGCAGUGAACGUAUAACGCCAAAAGAAGGCGAACCCUAUUCCCCACUCAAUGACGAUGAAGCAGACGUUCCGUUGCCCGACCAUGAAGAAGUUCGAAUAGCAAUUACCCGCCUGAAGAACAACAAAGCGACGGGGGCGAUGGAUUGCCGGCCGAGCUAUUCAAACACGUCGGCGAAAAACUGAUAAGGAGCAUGCAUCAGCAAUAUGGUCGGACGAAAGCAUGCCCAACGACUGGAAUUUAAGCCCUUGCCCAACUUCGUUCUGGAUACUGUAGCGGGUUAAACUCCUACUUAUCCAGAAUAGACCUUGACACACCAAAUGUAUGUCCUGGAUGCAACGAGUCUCCGCAUGACUCUGACCACCUCUUUGCAUGCCCUACGAACCCCACACUUCUAACACCCUCCUCGCUCUGCUCCGACCCCGUCGAAACAGCACGUUUCCUGGGUCUACCGUUGUUAGAUGACGUCGACGACAACACAAAUGAUCCUUACCACCCGAACGGGGAUUAGUAUCCCGUUAAAACAACAACAAUUCACAAAAAGGUAGACCCCCAAUCUGCGCCAACUACCGUGGGAUAAGCCUCCUCAAUAUCGCGUAUAAGGUGCUACCGAGCGUAUUGUGUGAAAGAUUAAAGCCCACCGUCAACAAACUGAUUGGACCUUACCAGUGUGGCUUUAGACCUGUAAAAUCAACAACCGACCAGAUAUUCACCAUGCGCCAAAUUUUGGAAAAGAUCCGUGAAAGGAGAAUCGACACACACCACCUCUUCGUCGGUUUCAAGACUGCUUUCCACAGCACGAAAAGAAGCUGCCUUUAUGCCACGAUGUCUGAAUUUGGUAUCCCGCUAAACUAAAAAAACAACACCAAAAGCUCCGGGAUCGAGAAGGACCUCUCCAAGCCGUUGGAUACCAAACGAGGUUUCAGAUAAGGCGACUCCCUAUCGGGCGACUUCUGUAAUCUGCUGCUGGAGAAAAUUAUUCGAGCUGCAGAACUUAAUCGAGCAGGUACAAUCUUUUAUAAGAGUGUAGAGGUGCUGGCGUAUGCCGAUGAUGUUGAUAUCAUCGGCCUCAACAUCCGCGCCGUUAGUUCUGUUUUCUCCAGGAAGCAAAGCAAACAGCUCUGGUAGUGAACGAUAUCAAACAGUCGUCGCACUUGCGACUUGGCGCUCACGUCUCUGUUGACAGUCAUAACUUUGAAGUUGUAGAUAGUUUCGUACAUUUGGGAACCAGUAUAAACACCACCAACAAUGUCAGCCCGGAAAUUCAACGCAGGAUUAUUCUUGCCAACAGGUGCUACUUCGGACUGAGUAGGCCAACAGGUGCUUGCCAACAGGUGCUACUUCGGACUGAGUAGGCAAUUGAGAAGUAAACUCCUCUUUUGACGAACAAAAGCCGAACUCUAUAAGUCACUUAGUAUUCCUGUCCUGCUGUAUGGUACAGAGGCUUGGAC